AUGUCUGACCUGACCAUGAAGCUCCAUGAGGCCUCCUCCAAGAAUCAAUCCCUGCUGUCCGAACUCACAGCAACAGACCACGCUCCCUCAUCUCUCAAACAAAACACAACCUACAUCACCGACCUCAAAUCCCAAAUCACAAGCACCGACAAAGAACUCGCCCGUCUCCACGCCAUCACCGAAGAUGAGCGAAAGGACCACAUCAAAUACCGCGACUCGACCUUGAAACGCUACGCCUUCAAACUCGGCGGCAGCAAGGGCCAGGAUAAAUUCGCCUCCCGUCAAGAAAAGGAAGAGAAAGAGUUCCUCGCCGCGUGGCAAUCUGAACGCUCGGCCAAGGAAUCCCGGGAGGAGCUCGCGACUGCGUUGGCGAAUGCUGAGAACCAGGAAGCUCAGCUUCAAAAGGACGCGGAGAGGCAUGCCAAGGCGCAGAAGGCGUUAGAUGAGUUGUAUGAAGGGAUUUUCGCGGGGCCAACGCCGGAUGUGAGUGGGGAGGAUGGGGCGGAGGAGAGUGUAGGGAGGUGCAAAGCGCAUUUCGAGGGAUGCCAGGAGCAGUUGGGACGGGAGAAGCAAGCUGCCCAGGCGCUGGAGAGGGCGGAGCAGGCUCUCAAGGCUGGGUAUGGGGAUAUUCAGGAUGCGCUUAGAAGGUCGACGAGGGAUAUGUUUGGAGGCGGUACCUUUACCGACAUGAUGGAGCGCGAUGCCCUCUCCAAAGCGCAGAACAACAUGCACAGCGUGAUUAGACACAUGGACGCCGCUCAACACCUCCAACCAUCCAUCAAACCCCUCAGCGAUAUUACGAUCGACCAAGGCCACAUGUUCAGCGACGUCCUCUUCGACAACAUCUUCACGGAUAUGGCACAGCAUGAGAGGAUCCAGCAGUCCGAGGCGCAGAUGGUGCAGGCGUUGCAGCAGUUGAAGCAGCAGAUUGGGGAGCAGAGGCAGAGGGUUGGGUAUGCGGAUCAGAGGGUGCAGGGGGCUGUAGGGGAGUUGGAGAAGGUGAGAGGGGAGUUGCAGAGGAUUCGGGCGGAGGCGUUUGAGAGGGUUGUUGGGGGUGGUGUUGCUGGGAACGGUGUUGAGGCUGCUGCGCCGCCGGCUUAUGCUGUUUAA